AUUCUUAGCAUAACCGUUACGUGAAUUCGUUAUAUAUAUAUAAACGAAAGUUUCUUCUCAACUCCUCACUCUUCAUUCUCAAUAUGAAUCGAACUCUCGUCUUCUUCGCUCUCUUCUCCGUCCUCUUCGUCUCUGCAAUUUCCUCCGACGGCGACGGAGACACCUUCAUCCGGCAGGUGGUCGACGGCGUGAGGUUGGGUGCAGAGCACCACUUUUUGGACUUCAAGCGUAGGUUUGGCAAGGCCUACGCUUCCCAGGAAGAGCAUGAUUACAGGUUCAGGGUGUUCAAGGCUAACUUGCGCCGCGCUCGGCGCCACCAGAGUCUGGACCCUUCGGCGGUUCACGGCGUGACUCGGUUCUCCGACCUGACACCGUCGGAGUUUCGGAAGAACGUUUUGGGACUGAGAGGUGUGAGGUUGCCUUCCGAUGCGAAUAAGGCUCCCAUUCUCCCCAUCGAUAAUCUUCCAAACGAUUUUGAUUGGAGAGAUCAUGGAGCAGUUACCUCUGUCAAGAAUCAGGGUUCGUGUGGUUCGUGUUGGAGCUUCAGCACCACUGGGGCACUCGAAGGUGCUCACUUUCUCGCUACAGGGGAGCUUGUAAGUCUUAGCGAGCAGCAACUUGUUGAUUGUGAUCACGAGUGUGAUCCAGAUGAACCGGGUUCUUGCGACUCCGGGUGCAACGGUGGAUUGAUGAAUAGUGCUUUUGAGUACAUCCUUAAGUCUGGUGGGGUCAUGCGCGAGGAAGACUAUCCUUAUUCUGGCACUGACAAAGGGAUCUGCAAAUUUGACAGAGCAAAGAUUGCAGCAUCAGUUGCAAACUUCAGUGUCGUUUCACUUGAUGAAAACCAGAUUGCUGCGAAUCUUGUGAAGAAUGGUCCUCUUGCAGUGGCCAUCAAUGCAGUGUUUAUGCAGACAUAUAUUGGGGGAGUGUCAUGCCCAUACAUAUGUUCAAGACGGCUGGAUCAUGGGGUCUUACUGGUGGGAUAUGGUUCUGGUGCCUAUGCACCCAUUCGGAUGAAGGAGAAGCAAUAUUGGAUCAUUAAAAACUCCUGGGGAGAGAACUGGGGAGAAAAUGGAUACUACAAGAUUUGCCGAGGACGAAAUAUCUGUGGGGUGGACUCCAUGGUUUCAACUGUGGCAGCUGUUCAUACAAAUACUCAGUAGGAUUAAGAUGUAUGUUUGCUUAGUUCACUUUAAUUAAACAUAAUAGUCUUAUCUGUUCUGUUUUUUUUACCAUAAAAUAUGAAUUGCCACCCCCGUUUUAAAGCGGUGCCGAAGCAAUUAACCCAUACAAUCUUUAGAAACAGAUUCUAGACCCUUUAUUUAUGAGAUUUAAUUAUCUUAG